UUGUGCUGUGAUAUUUCAAAAAAAAAAAAAAAAAAAAAAAAAGAGUUCCAAAAUGAAGAAAGAAGAUGAAAAUAUUAAAGUUGUUUUGCUGAUAGAUAUGAAUUGUGUGUGUGAUAAUUGUUUCAAGAAAAUUGCCAAAUGCAUUCAAAAUUUGGAAGGUAUAAAGUUGUUGAACAUAGAAGAUACUGGAGUGAAAUACGAAGUAACAGUGCGUAGCAAAAUGGAACCAUCGAAACUCCAAAAGAAAAUCGAGAAGAAAAUGAAGCAGAAAGUAGAACUUAUUUCUCCGAAACCACAAGAAAAUAAAGGGAAAGAGGAUCCCAAAAAAAUAACCUUCGAAACUAAUUUGGGAUGUCAUAAAUGUGUGAAGAAAAUAGAAAACAUUGUGACCAAAACUAAAGGUAAAUUUUUCUUCUUUUACCAUUUACAGAGAGCCUAAGGACUUAUUUGGACAUGAUUUUUUUUUUUGUUGUUGGGGUGGGGGGGUUGAUUUUCCUUUUUCAAGUUUGUUUAUUACAAAAACUUAGUUGGUUAAUUGUUUUCUCAAAAACCAAUUUUCCAAAAAAACAAAUCCCUAAUAAACGUCAAUUUUUUCAAGUGAAGUGCAUGUCCAAGCAGAAUUUUCGAUUAUCUUUUUCCAACUUAACUUUAAUUAUCACUCAAUUUA